GGCUCAUUAGCUAUAGGUACCAAUAUGGCGGAGGCUUCCAUUGGGAGUUCAAGUCCAGUUGGCUCUUUGUCGUCAGAAGAUCAUGACUUUGACCCAACUGCAGAGAUGCUAGUUCAUGAGUACGAUGAUGAGAGGACUCUGGAGGAGGAAGAAUCUCUUGAAGGGGGAGGCAAUUUUAGUUCUGAGAUUGCAGAUUUGGAGAAGGAAGGCAACAUGCCUCUCGAGGAGCUGCUGGCCAUCUAUCGCUACGAGGCCUCAGCUGGUUCCAGUAUCGACAGCUCCUCUGGCGACCUCACAGACGAGCUGCCCGACAUGACUUUGGACAAGGAGGAGAUUGCGAAAGACUUGUUGUCUGGCGACUACGAGGAGGAGACCCAGUCGUCAGCAGAUGACCUCACCCCUUCGGUCACCUCCCACGAGGCCACCGAUUUCUUCCCCAGAACACUUCGAUCCAACGCCGUCUCUGAUGGGGAUAAAGAUUCUGAGUGUGACGAUGAUGGUCCAAGUCCAGAAGACUCCAGAAAGGAAAUAAUGGUAGGCGAUGAGCACCAAGCGGAGGUUCCUUUGACCAUCUGCCACUACACGGAAGACGAGAAAGUGUAUGAAGAUGAAGAUGAGCUCAUGUGGAGGCCGGGCACGCUCCCAGAGAGCAAGGUCAGGAGUUUCCUGACCGACGUGGUGUCGCGGACGACGGACGAAAAGUCGACGCACGACAAACUGCAUGUUCGAGACAAUGAACAAGCUUUGCUUGAGCUCGUCAAGUGUAACUACAACACCCAUGAGGCGCUUGAGCAAUACUGUAGCCACCUAAAAUCCUCGAAAGAAAAAUCUCCUCCGUGGUCUGAAGAGGAGUGCAAAAACUUUGAACAUGCUCUACAGAUGUAUGACAAGAACUUUCACCUCAUUCAGAAACACAAAGUUUCGACAAGAACGGUAGCAGAAUGUGUAGCGUUUUACUACAUGUGGAAGAAGUCGGAGCGUUUCGACUUCUUCGUGCAGCAGAAUCGCUUUGGGAAGAAAAAGUAUAGCAGCUAUCCUGGCGUCACGGACCUGAUGGACAGGCUGGUAGACGAAGCGGAGGGUUUGGCUGUGGACAGUUCGUCGUCUGUGUGCUCGGGAGGUGGCGGCGGCACAGGAGGAAGAAUGGAAAGCACAACGGAUCAACAGCUCAGCCUGCUCAACUCCAUCACUGCCAGUGACCUCACAGCUCUGAGCAACAGCGUGGCAACAGUGUGCAGCCCGGCCGAGGUGACGUGUAUGGACUCGUACAGCUUCCCCCCACUGGAGAGCCUCCACCGCGCCUCCCUCAACCAUGACGAGUCGUUGGGCUUCCCAUCGGGCGGCGCCGAUGCCGACUGCCUCAACAUGCUGGACGCUGGGUUCUACCACUCGGAGCUGGGCCAGCUGAGCGGCGUGUGCGUGGCCAAGGACUGCGAGCGGCCCUCCAAGAGACUCAAGAUGACGGCGCCGGACUCGUUCAUGGGUGACGUCACUGUGGGCAACCUGGCCGUGGACUUUGAAGCGCGCCGGACCGCGCCGCACCACCACCGGAUAGCUGGCGCCAAAAUGGCCGUGUCGGUCACGGACUUCAGCGAGCCCAACGGCUUUUUGGGUGGGCACGCGCGCCACCACGCGCAGCAUGCCACAGCACUUCAAUCUGACUGAUCUUCCUCGUCCUCUUUGUUCUUCCUGUUUUUGCCAUGUACAUAAAAGACUGACCUCAUGUUAUAUAUAUCGCGCUAUAUAUAUAUAUAUAUAUAUAUGUACAGAAAUAUACUUUUGUUUUCAUUUUUUUGUGUACUAUGACAUCAGUGAUGUCUUUCAUAUAGAACUAAAAAUCUUGAUUUCUCUCAAGAGUUUAUAAUAGCCAUUUUAUGUUUGACGCCGUGGUAAUGUUCAUGUACAGUGUGGUCAACAUCGCCCUGCCAUUCUCUUCCGCUGCCAAAAUCAUCUUUAGAAGGUGCUUGUUUCAAGUGGUACUUUUUGUUUAAUCAGUGUUUGGUUUACAGGUACGCAGACAUAUUUUUCUGUUACUGAUUUGUGUGGCACUACAUCAUGUCAACUCAUCUCAUUGCCCGUGCAAUUGGCCCUGCAUUUUGUU